GCUGCUGCGAGUCUCUAAGCGCCGCCUUCACUCACUCCACUGCGGCUUCACUCGGCGCUGGAGACCGCUGCCUGCUGCCUGCCGCCGGAGACACGACAUGGAUUUACCUCAGCACUAAAAACGUGGGAAAUACGCUUUUCUUCCGUGUUAAGGUAUGAGCCAUGAGCCGAAGUCCCCAGCUUUAGGAAUGAUCUCGGCGGCACCAUGCACCAUGGCCACUGUAAGCCCCCUCGCUCCGUCCCCCAUCAGCGGGAGCCCGGCGUCCCAGUCCGGAUUCGCUGCCGCCCUCCGCAAGCUCGCCAAGCAGGCCGAAGAGCCACGAGGUUCUAUAAGUAGCGAGUCAUCGCAUGUUUCCUCCCCGGUGACCAAUCACAUUUCUCCUGUCAGUACGCCUAAGCGAGUUGCCAUGGGUACCAGCCUGGUCCCGCCUACAGGCACCCCGCCUGUGGUCACCAUCGCCCCAACUAAAACAGUCAAUGGGUUUUGGAGGUCUGAAGCCCGUCAGGCGGAUGCAGCAUUGAGAGUGUCCGGCCAGGAGCGUUUGGCUCCAGAUCGUCCUUUACCCGGCCAGGAGAAGACCUCCCUCUCUCUCCCUCCAUACCUGGGUCCAGCUCACCCGUUCAGCAUGACCCCCAGUGCUCUCAUUCAAGACCCUCGUCUUCAAGCUCACCUGUCCCGGCAGGUUCCUAACAUGCUGCUCGCAGGAGCUCCGCAGGAGGAGUAUCUCCGCGAUGGCUUUCGCCCGUACGCCUCCGCUGAAGAGUUGCGCAUGCCUUUGCUCCCUCUAGGGCUCAGCUCAGGAACCACACCCGACACUCUCGCGUACUUUCACUCAGGAUAUUUGCCCCAUCCCUCGCUUGCUUCAUACAGGAUGGAGGACUUCUACAGUCUGCCGGCCCUGCGCUCGCAUUACUACCCGCUUCCAGAGGGGGGCGCCCUGCCGACCCUGCACCCGUCUGCUGUCCACCUGCCCAUGCAGGGCGUCUUUUACCCUCCUGACCUCACACACCAGUCCCUGUCAGCACUGCACUCUGAGAGGCUGCAGAUGGAAGAGGAACUUCGCCAGCAGGAGAGGGAACGAGAACGAGAGAAAGAGAGAGCGCGUGAAAUCGAACGAGAAAGGCAUUGGGAACAGGAGGUGCGGAGAGAGAAGGACAGAGAACGAGAGAAGGAACGAGAGGUGGAGAUAAAGAAGGAGAGAGGGAGGGAGAUCCAGGCGGUCAAGGCCAUGGAGAAACGCCACCUGAGCCACGAGCCGCUGGCGAACCAACACUUGAUCUCUCAUCCGUACGCACACCGGCAGCACAUGAAGGAAAGAGCCAAGCUCGAGGACAGACUCGCUGCUAACAGAACGGACAAAACCAAAGAAGCGUCGCUGCUCGCGCCACAGUCUGGCCCGUACUCGUCCUCAGGAGGUCCUUCCUCGCUCUCCACCUCAGGCCUCGGCCUCUCCUCAAGCCUCCAGUUUGGGAAAAGCCACCGGCCCAUGGGGACUCCCAUGAUGCUCCAGUGGCAGGAGGAGGACGACCGAUGGCUUGCCAGACAGAGAGCAGCGCUGAAGGUGGAGAAAGCGGAGUUUCACCAGCAGGAGAAGCACCAGGAUAGUGGUCGGAGCGCAGAACCAGUGGAACCACAGAGAGAGAGACACAGGUACAGCUCACACCGUAAUGAUGUGAGUGUCAGAGACUUAUCUCAACCCUUGGGGGCGCCACCUCCUCUCAUCACCCCUAAAGCUGUUCCUCGGGACCAUCACCCCUCCUCAUCCACUCCCAGCAGUCUCUGGAACCCCGUCUCCCUCCUCAACUCGCCCUCAGACCGGCCUCUGCCCCACAUCCAUCCUUUCUCAGGCCACACCAGACCGAAAGCUCUGGAAGAGGACAUCAGGCCCUCUUCCAUGCGGGGGAACAGCGUCCCGGAGUCUGGGAAAUACCUGCCGGAUCUGGAGAAAUCCCCGCGGAUCUUCCUGAACCAGCAGAGGGUCUUCAGCCAGUCUGGGGCUCCGGCUCCGGCUCUGGAGAGGACGGACCCCAUGAUGGUGUUCGAUCAGGCUCUGCAGGAGCACAGGAGGCUCCUCAGCAAACUAGACCUGGAGGAGAAGAAACGCAGGGAAGCCAGAGAGAAAGGUUAUUACUAUGAAUUCGACGACUCUUACGAUGAGAGUGAUGAGGAGGAAGUGCGAGUUCAUCUGAGGAGAGUCGCUCAGCAGCCUCCUCUCAAGCUAGAUGCAUCUACUGAGAAGACAGAGUUCCUGGGUUUGUUUGGACUGACGACUCUCUCUAAGCGAGAUGAGCUCCUGGAGAUGAAGAGGAGGAAGAGGAGGAGGAUGAUGCAGGAGAGAAUGCCUUCACCCUCAGCGGUGCAGAGUAAACGAAAGACUCCCUCUCCUCCCCUCACCACACGCUUCACCCCGGAGGAGAUGGAUCGCACCGCUGAACUCGACGACAAGAAACACUUCCUCAGCAUGUUCCACCUGAACCAUGUCAGUGUGGACGAGAGAAGAAAGAAUAAGAAGAUUGAGGACUUGCUGGAAGCCAUCAAACAGAAAACUGUAACUUUGAACACCCUCAGAUACGCCUCAGACACACCCCUUUCUAGCCCGACUGCUUCAGUGUCUGCCGUCUCACAUCUCAAUCAGUCCGUCAGUAAUGCUCACCCUGAACCCCUAAAUCACUCACCCCAACACCCUCCGCCUCAAGACCCCCCGCCACUGGCUCCUCUCCAGCCCAAGACGAGCUCCCCGAGCAGGAGAGGCCCGAGCCUGCAGGCCAGCGCUCGACAGACCCUCCGGCCAAAGGAACUCAACGGAGUAAAACUGCAGGACUGGGAGAGAAGAAACUCAGAGGACUUCGCACAGCACUUCCAUCAGUCCGUGCUGCAGUCUACUCAAAUAUCCCAGCAGAAACAGAAAG